AUGGGGAACCUAUUCUCGGUUUUGAUUUCGUACGGCACUGAACAUGCAUGGCCUUCGGUAACAGAUGAAAGAAGCUUCCGAGUUUCUCUUAACACUUGCAUAGCUCUUCCAGUGCUCAUAUGCAUUGGCUUCCUAGUGUUUAUUGCCAAGUCUCCAAGUUGGCCGGUCUUACAUGGUCACCAUGAGAAGGCUAGAAAGAGUCUGAGAUGGCUUUACCCACGAGACACUGAGCAAGCCCUCGACCUCAAGCUGGCAGAGAUAGCAUAUACAGUUUUGAAGGAAGCCGAAAAUUGGAUUGGAGAUGAUAUUGGCAGUUCUAACUCACGUACAUCGCAGGACAAGACGGCUGGUUAUAUCGACUGUUUCAGAGGCGUUGAUCUACGACGGAGCUUUUGCGCUAUCUUUCCUGCGCUUUCACAGCCAUUUUAUGGUAAUGUUAUUUGCGGUCCUUAUGCAACAUACUUCUUUUCGAUGGUCGGUUUCAGCAACUCUCUAUCCGCGACUGCCAUCGUUCUCUGCGGGUAUCUCCCACGUGUUGGGCGUUGGGCAAUUCUCUUUGGAGGUCUCACGCUCAUGUUUAUCGGCGAGCUUGGUAUCGGACUCGUGGGAUCAAUUGAACCAAAUGUGAAGAGUUCUUCAGCCGCUAGCGGGCUCAUCAUAUUCUUCGUUUGCAUUCUUGGAUGUGGGUCAUUCAGUGGGCCUGGUGCUGUGGGCUGGACUUAUACAGGCGAGUCUGGGAGCAUGCACCUCCGCGCGAAGACCAAUACACUAGGAAAUCUUGGGAAUGCGGGAAUUGCCUGGGUCUUUGUUUCCACUGUUUCGUAUAUGAUUGCUGGUAUGAGUCUGAGUAUUGGUUAUUUUUAUGCUGGAAUGACGGCCUUGAGUAUGAUCAUUGUCUAUUUCUUCAUUCCUGAUUAUAAUGGCCGAAGCUAUGCUCAGAUUGAUGAGCUUUUUGAACGUCGGAUUCCUGCAAGGAAAUUCUCGAAAAUUGUUUGCACAGGUGAUUAUGGACAUGUGGCUUGA